UGAAAUCUGAUCAGGCGUGGCAGCUCGUGGCCACCUGAGCUGCGCCUCUGCUGAAUGUUUGAUGGAGGCAGCGAAGGAUCGUCUGUGCUUCGUAUGAACUGCUCAACAGGUGGACGUGUCUUCUGGACGGCACACUCUGAGGCUUCAGCAUUCAGGUGAUGGUGUCAGGAUGUCUGAGGGAAGGCAGCGAACUUUGUCCACCUCUGGAGAGUCGCUGUAUCAGAUCCUGGGUCUGGAGAAGAGCUGCAGCCAUGACGACAUCAAGAAGUCCUACAGGAAGCUGGCGUUGCGGUACCAUCCGGACAAGAACCCCGACAACCCAGAAGCAGCAGAGAAGUUCAAGGAGCUGAACAGCGCCCACGCCGUCCUGUCGGACCUCACGAAGAGGAACAUCUAUGACUCGUACGGGUCUCUGGGUCUCUACGUGGCCCAGCAGUUUGGAGAGGACAAUGUUAACACAUACUUCAUGCUGUCCACCUGGUGGGCCAAGGCUCUGUUUCUGCUGUGUGGAGUUCUGACCGGCUGCUACUGCUGCUGCUGCCUCUGCUGCUGCUGUAACUGCUGCUGUGGGAAACUGAAGCCACCGUCUACAGGUGAGGGGGCGGAGCCAGACUUCAUGUCACCUGACGACCUAGAGGAAGAGAUGCGUAAUGAGCCGGACAACGACGCUGAUGCUCCGAUCAUCCACCAGCCCACGAACGCCAGCGAAAAAACGCAGCUGAUCACCGAUGGCCAUCGCAGAUACGGAGAAACCUACACAUGAAGCCGGAUUUAGAACAUAGAGAAGGAACCCGGUGGAACCCCUAGUGGGGCCCCGCAGAACCUGAUCACAGGACAGGUCUGGAAAUAUUUGGACAGGACACAGCUUUGCUCAUUGAGACUGUGCGUCACCACAGAGGAUCUGAGAGGCCGUCACGCAGAUGAUCUAGUGAAACGACUGAGGGUUGAGUGGCAGGUGCUGGGUUCUUCCUGCUGAUGCUUUGCUUGUUCUAGCUGCGUUCAGGGCUUCACCACUGCCCUGGCUCAGAACACACCAGGCAACCACAGGAAAUGCAGUUUACAGUGGAUCAGCCAGAAGCCGUCUGUUAUGUCACUUUCCUUACAGUGUAGAUGAAAGAAAGGAAGCGACAUCAUGAGACCAAAGCCUCGUCCUCCAGCCCUUCACCCGCUGUAGACAAACACAUGGGGAAUAAGCCGACAGCUGAUUCCAGUGGUGAUGCACAGACCAAAUGAUGCUGUCACCGUCCAAAUACUUUUAGACCUUAGCAGACCCUUAAUUCUUAUGAACAUUAUUAUCAGUUUGAUUUUAUCGUAGUUCCUUAACAUUUAAAAGUCAGGAUUCAGAAUGUGACUGCAUGACAAUGGUAACAGUCAUUAAAUCUCAUUGGUGUGGAUGUAAAUAGUGUGUGUCUGGAGUUUGUUUCCUUCUGCUCUCGUGUUACUGGUGAAUGUUGACUGAUUAAAGACCAAUAAAUACUAGUUGUAACUGUUGUUUGUUGGAGCUGAAGGAGGCGCGGCUGCCUCCACCACUCAGUGUCCCUUUAAGAAACUCUGCUACUGGACCCCCCCCCCCCCACGCCUCCUCCUGACCAUUGACAUAUAAGGACAUGUGAACGCAGCAACAGCUGAUGUCGCUCUGUCUAAAACAGGCGCAGGCAGAUUGGAGCAGCACAACACCACCACUCUUCUCUGCUUCACUGUGUCUGUCCUGGUUUAAUUCGCCGUGGGAAGUGUCCCGACUCCUCAGCCUCAGGCCACAUCAUGGAGAGUCUGGAGAAGCAGCUCAUCUGUCCCAUCUGUCUGGAGAUGUUCACCAAGCCCGUGGU